AUGGUCGAAGUAUAUGACAGGGAGCGCAGAGCGAUCGAGUGUCGCACGCUCAUAGACACGUGCUCGAGCGCCAAUUUCAUGACCGAAGCCCUCGCCGCGAAAUUAAACCUUCCCCUGGAAACAUGCGCAGUCAAGAUCGAAGUCUUAAAUCAAGAAGACACGACGACGAACAAUCUUCUGACGGCCACGGUAAAAUCGCGGACAUCGAAUUUCAAACGGACGCUGAAAUUCUUCACGGUACCGCGAAUAGCCAAUAGAAUCCCGGAUCAACAAAUCGACCGCGCCAGAAUUCCGAUACCGAAAAACGUGAAAUUGGCCGAUCCGCAAUUUCACCGCCCGGCUCCAGUUGACAUGCUUAUAAGCGCCGGACCGACGAUGGCAAGCUUAAGCAUAGGUCAACUGAACCUCUCCUCCAAUGAGCAGUCGGAUCUGAUUCUGCAGAAAACCCAAUUUGGAUGGGUCAUCGGGGGGAGCGGCCCCACGGCAACGGCGCGCGCGAAACACCGGACAUUCUUCGCUACCCCGGAUUUCGAUUUACAAAAAUUCUGGGAGUUAGAGGAGGGUCCCCACAUCCGACAUUUAUCGGCAGAAGAGCAGGAUUGCGAAGAUCAUUUCAAGGAUCAUAUUAAACGCGAUAAAUCGGGACGGUAUGUCGUCGCGUUACCCUUCAACGGAAGGGAGUCCGAGCUUGGAGAGUCACGAUCGCGCGCUCUCACUCGUUAUUUGUCGCUCGAACGGAAAUUUAAUCGCGACGCGGAAUUAAAACGCGAAUACGUGGCCGUAAUCAAAGAUUACUUAGAGCUCGGGCACAUGAGCGAGGUAAACGAGGCCAGCAAUACGGACGGAUUCUACCUGCCGCAUCAUGCCGUCGUAAAAUCAUCGAGCACCACCACUAAGGUCCGAGUCGUAUUCGACGGUUCGGCAAAAUCGAGUAGCGGACUUUCGCUUAACGACGGCCUCAUGACCGGGCCCACCAUCCAAGACGAUUUGUUCGCCCUCCUUAUGCGUUUCCGUACGCACAACUAUGUUCUCACCGGAGACAUAGAAAAAAUGUAUCGGCAGUUCCUCGUCCGUCCGGAGGAUCGUCGAUAUCAGCAAAUCUUGUGGCGCGACGACGACGGACGCAUUAAGGCAUAUGAACUGAAUACAGUCACAUUCGGAUUAUCAUCAGCUCCAUAUCUCGCGGUCAGAUGCCUACAACAGCUGGCCGAAGACGAAAGUUCGCGAGCCCCGAUCGCGGCGAAGGUGGUAACGCAAGAUUUGUACGUAGAUGACUUGCUAACCGGAGCCAAUACUUACGCGCAAGCCUUACAUUUACGAGACUCUGUCAUCGACCUCCUAAAACGCGGAGGAUUGAAUAUUCGACAGUGGGUAUCGAACGACCCGCGAUUGUUAACCGGAUUACCGACGGAACAAAUCCACCCAAAAUUUUUCGGCGACUCAUCCAUCAAAACCUUGGGACUUUCAUGGGACGCUCGCAACGAUGAAAUAGUCUAUACGGUGGACCUCCAAACCGACGCGAAAAUAACCAAAUGA